GGUGACCUCCUCCCUCCGAUCCUUCCUCCCAAACCCUAACUCCCACUCCCUCCCUUCCGCCACCGCCACUCCGAUCGAAUCGAUGGCGACGCCGCACUUCCUCCCUUCCGCCGCCGCCACUCCGCUCCCGAUCCAGACCCCCCUUGCAGCCGCCUCUUUCUCUUCCACACCUCUCCCCUUGCCACCGCCUCCCUCUCUGCCACCCACCUCUCCCCUCGCCGGCGGUCUGCCACAUCCGGCAACGUCGAGGCCAGCGGGCGCUGGAUCCGGCACCGGCGUGGCCCCUCCAUCAACAACUCGAACUGGGGGGCGGCGGCGCCAUGGCUUCCCCAACCCCACGGCAUGGGCCUGAGCCACCCGCUGGCCUCGGCUGGGUCCCGGAUGAGUAGCCGCGCAGGAUGAUGUUGAUGGCGCUGCGGCCGCGGCCCCCGACCAUCCUGCCGGCGCUGUGGGCCCCGCGGGAGGGAAGGAAGAGGGGAAUGGCGAGGCGAGGCAAAGGAGGCGGCGGGGCUGGCGUCGGGGACGCGGCGCGGGCGGUGUGGCGCAGGGGACCGGCGCGGCCGCGGCUCCUGGUUGUCUCCGCCGUGGCCUGGGCGCUGCUCCUCCUCGCCUUCCACCUCCCCUCCGCCUACUUCCUCUCAGUGGUGGUCAUCGUGUGCAUGCAAUUAACCAGGACGAUGAGUGCGGCGACGAGUCCGACCAGGGCGAGCUGGAAGAGGAGGCCCAGGAGCUCGCCGCCCCUCAUGGUGAGGGCGCGCCCGACUUGGAUGGUGGCCGCCAAGGCCAACACCAAUGAGGAUGUCGUCCUGGAGUUUGUCGGGGACCUCAUCCCAUUUGACAAGGCGCGUGCCACUACGAGCGCGUCCCCAUGGAUGGCGGGAGGUGGAGGGUGGUUUGUGCAGGAUGGGGAGGUGGGAGAAGAAGAACUCUGAAGGUAAACAAUCUAACACUACUGCUCACAAUCUGAGAACUCAACUCAAUGGAUACAGGGAAGGAGAUGGAGGGUGACGCACAGCCAUGGAGAGGAGCAGCAGCGGCUCAAGAUUGUAUGAUGUGGUGGUUAUCUUUUUUCGUUGCUGGGGUCAUUGGAACCUGGAUGUCAUAUGUUAUGUGAUCUGAGCCAUAUGGCAUAUUGUAAUCUUUUUAUUUUUGGUUUUUAUGUACGAUGUCAUGAAGAUGUAUGUUUGAAAUGUUGUUUUGACAGCAAAAUUGUAUUCAUGUGUACAUGUUGUUUUGACAGCAAAAUUAUGAAAUUUCUCAACAAUAUGUAUGGAUUAAAUAUAUAUAUGUUUUCCAAUUUUC